UCGGUCUCGUUCUGUAGCUUGGUGGAGUGCGUCGCACACACACGUUACGUCUGUUCAAGUGCAGUGAUCCUCCUUUUGGUAUAAAUCUUCUUUAAAAGCAGUUUUUCCAUGCGAUCGAUCCAGGAUUGGUAGCAUUCUAAUCAUCAGAAAGCAGUAUGAUAGUGAAGGUAUUGAGUGUGGCGUGUUGCCUGUUGACAGCCGACGUGUUGGCCGCGCCCGCCAGCCCCAACGCACCAGCCAGCCCCAACGCAUCUUCUAUCACCAUCGGUAGCAUCACCAAUGACAUCAUCUCCCAGUCCACCCUUCUCCAUACCGCUAACCAUGAUGUCACGUGCCUCGGGGUUCUGUUUGGAGAAGAUAAAGAAAUCGAAGACAAAAUUGUGUUCUUUAUAGAGUCAGAUGUUAACAAACAAGGCGAGAGAGUCGACUACGGUCUAUACGCGUUGACUAAAGACCCCACACAUUCUAAUCAUACGAUCUCAACUAAACUAUUGGACAACGCCAGGGAUAUCGCUGUAGCCUCCUUAACGGAAACGGUGUAUUUCGCCACCAAAGACGGGAUAUACGCUUACAAUAAGAAGAAAAAAUCAGCAGAAAAGUUCGGAUCCGUAAGUGACGAAGUCAUCUCGAUCGCGGCAGAGAAUGCCACCGGAGUGCUGUACUAUGUGAACAAGCAACAUCAGCUCUAUAAAGUAACCGAAAGAGGACAGAAGGCUACUAUCAUCGACGAGGUUAAAAACGCGGAGCAGAUCACCGUUGACUACAAGGGGUAUCUAUACUAUUAUACUGUCGACAAAAAGUUCUACGUGUACGACGGACAAAACGCGAAACUAGUUGAAGGCAUCCCUAGUAAUCGGAAUAAAGUAUCGUUCUUGAGGACUCCGGCACUGGUGGGGGACUUCGGUUUAGUGAACGUUGACGGCAAGUACUACACGAUAAACGGAGCGGACGCGUCGGCGCAUGCCGCGGGUCACGGCGGCGGUUCCUUCGUCACAAGCGCCGUGUCAUUCGAAACCGGCCUUGUCAUGUACUUUGCCGUCGACGAGAAGAUCUACGAACUUAACAUUAUAGAGAAAGUCGUCGAAGGCGUGAUGGAAGGACUGUCCAGAGGACUUAAAACAAUGUUGGAGGAGAUGCGAAAUGCGUUUAAUUCGUUUGAUUUUUAGGACAUCUUAAGUGACAUUUUCACAUGUGUACUAGGUACAAACCUAAAAACCUUGCUUUAUUUUCUACCCUUCCGAUUUUUGUUACCUGAAAUGAUAUUUCCCUUGUUUACUUUUUGAAAGUAUGCCUUUACAUAGAUUUACUACCGUCCUCUACGAGAUCUCGUACGUAAGUAGAGAUUAUUCUAUUACUGACCUAAUGAAUUUAAAUUUUAUAAUGAUCUUUUUCAUUUUCGCAAUUUUUUACCAUAUCAAGAAAACCGACCGAUUGAUGGACGGACAAACAAAAACCAGAUUCGUAGUCAUGAACUCAUAAAAAUACAAUAGAAAAAUAUAGGAAAUCACAAUAAUGUAUAAGAAAAUAAAGCUACAGGGAGUAGGUAAUAUUCCAAUGUUUAAAUGCUCUACGACUUUUACACAAUCCGAAACAAUUUAUAUUAA